AUGUCUAAAGUUGAUAAUGACACAUCCUUAGCCCCAAAUCCUUUAAUAUCAAUAUGGGUUCUUUUAGAGGGCAAACCAAGUUCUGUGGAAAUUCAUGUUAAGCCAAGCGAUUUUAUAUCACAAAGUCCUAAUUUAAAUGACUUUAAGCAAAUUCUUAACCAAAAAUUUAAGGCUCUUAAGGAUGUAGAACCGGAAAAUAUUGAAUUUUUCUCUGAUAAGGAUCAAACACAAACUUGUUUCGGUGGUGUGUUGCUAGCGGACCUUGUUACAACUGAUUCAUGUCCACUUAUCAUUCGAUACCCGUUGUCCACAUCGUGUAUCAUAGUAACUUAUAAAUCAGGGAACAGCAAAGUAAAAAAAAAACUGCCACACUCUAGCAGAUCUUGGGAUUUGCUACAAAAAGAUGUUAUAAGAAAUUUUAGUAAAUUAUCAAAAUUCGAAAAUGCAAAAGUGGAUGACCUCUAUUUUGAAAUCUCUGAAGGUAAUGAAAAAAAUCUUAAGGACGAGUUUCAAUUUAAUGAGCUCGUGGAUCGGAUCGAAGAAAAAGAGAAAAGACGAGUUCUUCUCGACCUUAAAGUCCAAAUUAAAGAUAAAAAACCUUAUAAUGAAUGGAAUAUCAGAGAUGUAUUCACAAAUGUUUUGCAUCGAGAUUAUAAUGGAUUACUUGGUCAAGCAUUUAAUUUAGAUAAACUCUCAAAUUACAAUUUAAUUACCAUAGAGGAGAUGAAAUUCUUUGUUAAAGAGAUCAAAAAAACGAUAAAAGUAUUCAAAAAUAAUAUUAAUAUUAAUGAAGCAACUGUUUGGAAAUAUAUAUCUAUUUUCAUGAAGACCACAGUUGAUCAUAUUCAAAUGUUUAUGAACAAUUCAGCACAAUUAUACGUAGAAGCUAAUCUUUAUGGAUCUAAAGGGUAUGGUCCCAUGGACUAUUUAGUAAAACUCGACAAUUUUGCGGUACUAGUCAAUGAGGCCAAAUCGGAAGAUUUAACUAAGGAAAUAGCCCAAAACAUUAUGCAAUUGCACAGUGCAUCAGAGAGUUUAUUAGGCAAGCAUAAGUUAGAACAGACAGAAUUUGAAUCAUCGCAACAACAAUUGUUUGGAAUUGUAACAACUGGGUUUCUUGGGGAGAUGCAGAGUGAAAAAAAUGUAGUUUCUUAUAUUGUUCGUAUACUAGAAAAUCAAGACGAUAUGUUAAAAAAUAACUCAAAACGU